CUCGCGGAGUCAAUCAAGCAAGCACACAACACAGCACAGCACAGCACGCUUCUCUUAUUUCCUCUCUUCCUCCUCGGAAGCGCCACUUGGACACGCUGUGUUCGUAUCGGAUCCCACCUUGCGAUUGGUUGGUGUUCGGGGGCCAUGGAAGACCCGGAAAACAACAGCGGGAGUCGUGGGAGGAGGCAGAAGGGUAUAGUGCGGCUCGUGUUGCCGGAUGGUGGCACGCGCCGAAGUGCGCCGCUGGUUGUUGAGAAGGAGGCUUCGACGUCGCUUCCACCUCCGAAGAAGAUAAGAAGCCCGGAUCGAACCAGCCCGGCUUCCUCGCCGCGGCUUGCCGCCUCCUCUGCCCCGAUCUUUCCCUUCUCUUGCGAGGAUUCCCUGCCCGUUCUGCAUGCACCUUUCUUGCCUCCUUCGGUCGUCGGUCGGUUUCAGCAGCAGAUGAUUUGUUUCGCACGGAGUGAUCCGCAUCAGGUUGGAGCUCAUCCACAUCCUCCAUGGCUUAUGGCCGAAGGAGUUCCCACGAUGAGUCAGCAGCGGCAGCAGCAGAAGCAGAAGUACCAUGAGCAUCUCCUUAAGUACUGGAGCGAAGGACUCAACCUUAGCCCCCGCGGCAACCUGACGGGCCCCGGACUCUUCCGGCCCCCUGUGCCGACGAAGCUUUACCGCGGCGUGAGGCAGCGGCACUGGGGCAAGUGGGUGGCGGAGAUCCGCCUCCCGAAGAACCGCACCCGCCUCUGGCUCGGCACCUUCGACACCGCGGAGGCCGCGGCCCUCGCGUACGACCGCGAGGCGUUCAAGCUCAGGGGCGAGAACGCGCGGCUUAAUUUCCCCAACCUCUUCCUCGGCCAAGGGGCUUCUUUCUCUUCCUCAUCCUCUGCUCCUGCCACCCCGGAAGAAACCAACCAACAGCAGCAGGAUGAGCCAAGCGAACCUUCUCAGCUGCAACCCCAAACCGAAACCCCAUCUGCUUCUGCUGCGACCACAGUUGGUGGCACGAGCAUGGCUACGACGCAGACGACGGAGAUGGUCUGGGGAGAGGCCGACGAGGCAUGGUUCAGCACCUGGGGUCCGGGGAGCUACGUAUGGGACGACAUCGACGAAGCUAAUAGCAUACUCUUCCAGUCCCAGCUCACCAGCAUUGCUGAAUCCAACAUUGACUGCUUGGAUUCCACAGCAUCAACAGCGACAGCAGCACGUCAGGACACUAGCGCACCCCCUACUUCUUCUCCUUCCCGGUUUAUGUGGAAGGAGUGAUCAUAGUCUCUCUGCUUGCUUUCCUUCGUUCUGCAACUUCCAGAUCGCAUGCACAGCCCAUUCAUUUUAGGAACAGUUCAAUGGCUGCAGAUUUUUACGGAGCAGCCUGUGACUAUAGGAAUCUUAUCUGCACGCUGGCGAGAUACGACUUGGAGCAUAUAUUCCUCAGCAAUCUUUCAGAAUUCCUUUUGCUGCACCAAUCAAAUUCCACGGUGUUCCUGCUUUGACCGCAGUUAUUACACGCCACGCCAACAGCAGGUUGACCUUCUGCUUCCUAACUUCACCUCUGUCCUAUAUGGAUUUUCGUGGGUUAAUUAUUUGUAAUUUAUUAUUUUUAAAUCAUGAUCUCUAUUGUUA